GUGUGUUCUGCAGAGUGAUCACAGUCAGACAGGUGAGGAUGAUGAUGUUAUUGGUGGUUCUGUUCGGCGUCUGGCUGAACUCAGCCUCAGCUGCAAAGCUCGGUGUGGUGCAGACGGAGGGGGGGCAGGUGGAGGGGAAGAGUCACAGGAUGGGACUGUUCAGUACCGUUGAUGUCUUUAAAGGAAUCCCCUUCGCUGAUGUCCCUGGCAAGUGGGAGAAACCAAAACCUCAUCCUGGAUGGGACGGAGUCAUGAAGGCGACUAAAUAUCGUGAUCGCUGCCUACAGGUCACACUGCUACAGACAAAAACCCAGGGCAGCGAAGACUGUCUUUACCUGAACAUCUUUGUUCCACAGGGAAGGAGAGUGUCCAAAAACCUCCCAGUCAUGGUGUAUCUGUUCGGCGGGGCAUUCCUGUUGGGGGCAUCUAAUGAUGUGGCGAUCCUCGGAGACUCUUUGUAUGACGGAAAGGAGAUGGCCGACAGGGGCGAAGUCAUCAUCGUCACGGUGAACUACAGAGUCGGUACAAUGGGUUUCCUGAGCACUGGGGACUCCCGAAUGCCAGGUAACUACGGUCUGUGGGAUCAGCAUGCUGCCAUCUCUUGGGUCCGCAGGAACAUUGAGGCAUUUGGAGGAAACCCUGAUAACAUCACCAUCUUUGGCCAAUCAGCUGGAGCAGCCAGUGUUAGCUACCAGAUGCUGUCGCCCUACAGUAAAGGGUUAUUUCGCAGAGCAAUCACACAGUGUGGUGUGGCACUGAGUCCUUGGGCUCAUCAGAGAAACCCAAUGGCUCUCACCAAGAAGAUUGCUCGUAAAGUUGGCUGCUGGAGAAGCGAUGAAGACGAGAUGAUAACCUGUCUGAAGAUGACUGACCCUGUUGGUCUCACAAUGGCUGGAAAAAUUGAUGUUCUUCUUAUUCUCGGAAAAGGUGUGGUCAUGGAUCUUCUUGAACUGGCUCCGGUGAUUGAUGGUGAUUUUAUUCCAGAUGAACCCAGUAAACUGUUUCACAAUGCAGCUCAGUUUGAUUACCUGGCUGGGGUCAACAGCAUGGAUGGACAUAUCUUUGCUGGAGUUGAUGUUCCCUCUAUCAACAAGAAAAAUGCCACCACUGUGGAGCAGGUGAGAGGUCUGCUGAGUGGUCUGACGAAGGAGAAGGGGAACGCUGCUGUCUCCUCCGCCUACGGUGUUUACACGGCUCACUGGGGUUCAGCUCCUGAGCAGGCUGUCGUGAAAAAGACUGUGGCUGACAUUGAGACUGACUUCCUGUUCUUGAUUCCCACUCAGAUUGCCCUUCAGCUCCACGCAAACAACACAAGUGGAGCCAAGACUUACUCCUACCUGUUCAACAUGGACACUCGUAUCCCAGGAUUCCCUCGCUGGGUAGAGGCGGAGCAUGCUGAGGACCUUCAGUACCUGUUUGGGAAACCCUUCGCCACCCCGCUGGUCUACUUCCCCCGACACAGAGACCUGUCUGGGUACAUGAUCGCAUACUGGACCAACUUCGCCAGGACCGGUAAUCCCAAUACAGGCGAGAGUAGAGUCCCAGUGGCCUGGCCUCCAUUCACCAAACACCACCAACCUUACCUGACCAUCAACAACAAGAUCAGCAAGUCCUCCAUUGGCUUUGACCUGAGAUCUUACUACGUCAACUACUGGACCCAAACCUACAACUCUUUCCCAUCCAUCAAGAGGGAAGUAAAGGAAUAGGCAGAUGGAGGAAUGAAGAAGAAAAAUAAUUGGAAAACUGAUUCUACUGUAUGUUAAAAAAUGUUUUGUAAUUGGCUCAGUCUGACUGUGCUACUGUACUUUUGAAAGUUCUUUCCCUCAGUUGAAACACUGUUUAUUGCAAACUGCUGGAAUUAACAGGUUCUGUAUCAUUAAGAGUAAAAAAAGAAUGGUUUUUGGAAACAAAUAAAAUACACAUUUAUGAAGUUAUUA